UUGGAUGAUGAGUUUUUUGUUAGUGGAUCACGAGAUACCAAGCUUGCUCUAUGGCAAGUUCAAGAUAAAUACCAAGAAAAGUAUGAUUCUGAUGGUGACCUCAUACAACCAGUUACUCAAUUUCUCAAUCCUGCAAUUAUAAGAAGCUGCAAGACUGCACAAAAAGUCCGAGCAAUCACAUUUAAUAAGAGUUUAAAAGAAAUGGUCACAUUGUCACUAAAUGGAUAUGUUCAUGUUUGGGAUGUUGAACGCUUUAGACAAAGGUUUUCAAGAAGAUUAUCUUCUUGUCAGGACAAUGUCUGCAUGGCAAUGAAAAAUGAUAGUAGUUUAUAUGCAGUUGGAUGCCGUUCAUAUACACUGUUACUUGAUUCAAGAACUUUACAUACCAUAAAAAAAAUUCCUGCAAGAUAUAGCGGAUGUGGAAUUAGGUCUUUAAGUUUUGAGGAUAAUAUAAUUACAAUUGGUACAUGUGUUGGUGCUAUAAUGUUCUAUGAUAUACGGGCUGCAAAGUAUUUGGAAUCUAGUAUUAACUCCAGUAGAGCAGUUGUGUUAAAAACAAGUAGAGGUUAUGUUUAUCCUGAUGAAGAUUUAAUGGUGGAUCAACAAGUCGAAUAUACACCUGCAAUUUAUACACAUUGCUACGAUUAUUCAGGAACCAGAUUAUUUUCUGCUGGUGGACCGUUACCAGCUAAUUUAUGUGGAAAUUAUGCAGGCUUAUGGCAAUAAUAUUAUUGCAAUUUAUUGUUUAAAUAUCAUUUUUGGUAUUCUCUUGCUACAUAAAAUAUUUCUUCAAACAAUAGAUAAAAUAUUUUGGUAUUUUGUGAAUGGCAUUCCUCGAGUCAUUAAAAAAAAAGUACAAAAUAUUGAACAGUAUUAUUGUACAAGCAAGUUAAUUGUGCUAUGUAAUAAUCAAUAUUUUAUCUAAUUGGUUUUCAGAUUUGAACUUGAAAUACUGAGCUUAUAUAAAGUAUUUCAUGUUCUAGGAGUAAGAACUAAGACUAUACUUGGCUGGAAUGAGUGUUUUUAUCUAAUAAUUUUAUUGAAAUAAACAUCUUCAAUUUUAAAAUUAAUGUAAAAAUAAUUAAAUAAAGUUUCAAUGUGUAGCAAUUGAAUACUAUAGUUUAAGAAACAUUCAUUCGUCUUGUAUUAAAAUAAUCAACUACUAUAUUUCUUUUUUUUUCAUUUGGUUUGGUUUUUAAUAAUAUUUCAAAUUAUAA